AUGAGUGACCUAGAGCAUGUUGCACUGCAAAUGGACAGAGUGCCGCAGUCCGACGAUAAAACGCUGGCCAGAAAUCAAGAAAGCAUAAACAAUCGCAGCCAGAACGAUGCAAUCGACGGACGAGGAGCCAAUCGCAUACCCCGAGCAGUACCCGAAACGGAUGACGAUGACGACGAUCGUCCCUUCGUUCAAGAUGGCAAUGGCAAUCCAGGCGUGGACGAUGGCCUCCUGGGAAAUGGAGGCGGCGGCGGAGGCGGCGGUGGUGGUGGCGGGGUCACUGUCCUCGUCCCCAAUGGCGGCAACAAGGGGGGACGACGUCCGAGCUACAUGUUUCCUGGUUACAGUGGACCCGAAUUCGUGAACAUCAAUGGCGUGGAGACGCCCAUACCUGAUGUGAAUGCCUACCAGCACAAGAAGACCUUGGCCCAGGGCAUGAUGGAUCUGGCACUGCUCUCGGCGAAUGCGAAUCAGCUGCGUUAUGUGUUGGAAAUGAACCAACAGCACCCAUACUUUUAUCCCAGUCUGUUGUUCAUCUCCCUGAGCAUUAUAUUCCAGAUCGCAGUCGGCGUCGGCCUUAUUUGGAACGGCAGGUACAACAUCAAGAAUGAGCAAGAGAUCUGCCGGGCGAACAAGAUCAAUAAUUACACAGUCAUCGGCAUAUUCAUUGUAACGGUUGUCAAUGUCUUAAUAUCAGCCUUUGGCAUCGUCGAGCGUGCCCCAGGCCCAGCAUAGUUUGCAACUGGAUGUAUAAUAUCAAUAAGAGUAUUAGUAUGUAGUAGGAUAAGCACCCCACACAUCAAAACUCGCCGCUACAACUACCAAUAUUUUUUUUUGAUAAUUUAGUCAUUUUCAACCGUGUUUAUAUGAUUGAAAGAAUUACUUGGCUAACGCCAAUCGCCUCAUUCUUAUAUACAUAUGUACUAUUAACAAAAUUGUGAUAAAUAAAUCGAAUCCCAGCCCUCAAAA